AUGGGAACGGAGGUCCUCCGCUCGCACGACUGCCUCUCCCGCGUCCGCCACCACGCGCGCGGCUCCAGGCGGUCGCCGCGCCCGGCCGCGAGGACGACGCGCCACGGCGCCGCUCGCCACGGACAGGCGGCGGCGGCGGCGUCGCCCGUGCCGCGCGAGGUCCGGGUCAAGGCAGCCGCGGAGGCAGCGUACGCCGGGCCGGCGUUCGGUGCCAUGUCGCCGUCGCCGCGGGCGCUGCCGCUGCCGCGCUUCAGCUUCUCCAAGCCGCCCCCCGCGGCGGCCGCCGUGGACGACUCGGCCACGCGGGAGCUCCGGCGGCUGCUGGGCCUCGAGCGGCCCGAGACGAAUUGACCACGCGCCCGCGCGCGCGAGCGAUCGAUCCGACAAGCAGCAGGCCACGGGUUCAGCAAACCAAGAAAGGGGUAUCGAUCAAGAUGUACGUACGUGUGGGUCUCCUCCGUCGAUUCUUUUGGGUUAAUCUCCGGCGACGGCGCGUUCCCGGGCAAUGUCCGCUCCGAUGCGCCUUCCUCCCUCAAUCGUCCUGUGUUUUUUGUCAAGGACGGAGGGAGGCGGGGAGCGACGGGUGCGCUAGCUCCCAUCCAUUGUCUGGAACCCGUCGCCGGAGAGGGGGCUGAACUAGAAAGGAGAGAUAAUGAUAUGGCGGGAAGAUUGGAUUUGAUUUAGAUGUGGUUAAUGGAAUCUCUGGUGUUUUCAGA